GAAACCAUGUGGAAGUUAAACGAGAAGGCGCUGGGAUUGCUGAGAAAACCAGUGGGAAAUAAAAGCAGCGCGCUGGCUGCUGCUGCUCCCUAGCACGGCUAUGACCCCCCCGGAGCAUGGCAAGCACAGCAAGGGAUGUGAAGACAAGUCCUGCCACCCCUUUGCCUGGGUUAAAUAGACUGAGUGCAAAGGGCACAAGUCCCUGAUGGAUUUUUGGGCAGAACCCCUCCCCCUGCUAUGACCACCCCAUGAGCGAAGAGACCCAGCCAGGAUGGAGAGCAAUGUGUCCUCCGGGAACUGUUCCGACCCCCAGAUGUCCUUCCAGUCCACCCUCUACGCCACCACCUACACCCUCAUCUUCAUCCCGGGGCUCCUGGCCAACAGCGCUGCCCUGUGGGUCCUGUGCCGGUUCCUCAGCAGGAAGAGCAAAGCCGUCAUCUUCAUGAUCAACCUGGCCGUGGCCGACCUGGCCCACGUCCUCUCGCUGCCCCUGCGCACCUACUACUACAUCAACCACACCUGGCCCUUCGGGAGCUUCCUGUGCCAGGUCUGCUUCUACCUGAAGUACCUCAACAUGUACGCCAGCAUCUGCUUCCUCAGCUGCAUCAGCAUCCAGCGGUACCUGUUCCUGCGGCACCCCUUCCGAGCCAAGGGCUGGAAGCGCCGCUACGACGUGGCCAUCAGCGCCCUGGUCUGGCUCUUGGUGGGGGCUGCCUGCCUGCCCCUCAUCAUCGUCAGGAGCCCAGCCCUGUCCAGCUCCAUCAACAGCUGCUUCUCGGACCUGGGCGUGAAGCAGCUCAGCCCCGGGGCCGCCAUCACGCUGGUGACAGUGGCGGAGCUCUUUGGCUUCGUCAUCCCCUUCGGCACCAUCGCCUGGUGCACGUGGAGGAUGUGGCAUUCCCUGCGGGAGGGCUCCACGGCGCUGCAGGACGCCGGCGAGAAGCGGAAGGCCCUGAGGAUGGUGCUCAUGUGCGCCGCCGUCUUCUUCAUCUGCUUCACCCCCUACCACAUCAACUUCCCCUUCUUCAUGAUGGUGAUCGAGAACGUCAUCCGGGACUGCGCCGUGCACCGGAGCACGCUGCGCUUCCACCCCAUCUCCCUGUGCCUGGCCAGCCUCAACUGCUGCCUGGACCCCGUGCUCUACUACUUCAUGACCUCCGAGUUCCAGGCGCAGCUGCUGCGCCACGGCUGCGUGGCCCUGAGGACACGGCUCCCGCCCCGCCGCAGCAGCGCCUCCGGCACCGACACCGCCCACGACAUUCGCGUCAGGAAGAGGAAUCUCCCCCGCCUCAAAUUCUGGUCUCUUCCCAAGUUCUUUGGCCAAAUAAACAGCAUGGACAUCCCCACUGUGCCACCCGAUGAGCUGCUGCUGGAGUCCAUCUCGUGAGAGGCUUCUCGUGAGAGGCUUCUCAGAGCUGCAGUGAGGACUGCUCUGCUCUCCAGAUCUGUCUGGAAUUGUCCCUGUGUGCCGCAGAUGGCAGGACCUGAUCCACGAGGAUGUUGUGAUGCCAAAAGAUUUGCUGGUUGCGCUGUUGCUGCUGGGGACUGUUGUCUUCCAUCCCCUCAAAAGCCAGUGUUGAUGCCAAAGUUUCCCCUGUGCUGAACUGCACUGUUCAGGUGCCUCAUUUCAGGUGUUUCAGUGCUUCUGCAGAUUUGCCAUUUGGGAAUGCUUCUGAACCCUGAGCUGUGGGUGGGAGGCCCAGCCUUGGCACAGCUCUGGGGAUUUCAGCCCUGAUCCUGGGUACCUACAGCCACCAUCACCUGGAGCAUCCACCAUGCUCACACGGGGCUCUGGAUCAGGACAGUUCAUUAUCUCCACGAAAACUGAACCUUUUCCGCCACAAAAAAUCCAUCGCCUGUCUCCAGUGCAGCCUAAUCCAACUGCAAGAUGCAACCAAACAGAGUAUUAACCUAUUUCACAUCAGUGUUACAAGGGAGGGCUCAACAAACUGGCCUCAGCUCACACUGCUGGAAAAGGCACCCAGAGCUGAGCAGAAGGAUCCACCUGGCUGCUGGGAGCUGCAGGUGCUUGGCUGAUUAUGGGGGAUCAAUAUUUGGAAGACAAAUUACGAUAGAUAUGCCACAAGCAAAGAGGGAGAUGUGAUACCUCCCAGGGAACACUAACUCACAGAGCUCUGGUGGGAGCUGCAAAAACAGGGACUUGUCAUUGGUGUCUCUUGUGUUGUUCUUGGGAAUCUUGUGUCAUUUGUCAUGUUGCUGACGUGUGUGGUUGCACAUGAAGAUGUUAUCCAAAGUUUCAGUUUUGCUUUGAACACUAAAAAACAUCCCAACCUUCACCAGGUACCGAGAAAAUUUACAAAACUGGCUCCAGUACGCCCUGAAAGCUUCAAGCUCUGAGGAAAUAAAAUGAUCCCAAUGUGUAUUCGAGCUUCAGGUUAUUAUUUUAAAUGCUUGGAAAUAUUCUCAUUAUGCUCCACAUUGCUCUCAAAGCAGUGACACGGUUUGGGGGGACACCCAAGUCUGGGGCUUGGAGAAGCCUUGAAGAGUGGCCAGUGCAGGGGUUCUGAGGCCUCCUCCUCCCAAAAAACCCUCAGGGGAUUUUUUAAGUAAAUGUAGGCAGAGGGAUUGAUAGAAAACAGCUUUUCUCAUGAUUGGAUGCACAUUUCCACCUCGUGCAGCAUUUCUGGGAAGCACAGAAUGGGUGCUGAGGCUGGAUGGGGGACACCAGAUGGGAGAUCCAGACAAACUGGAGGAAUUUGCUUUGGUACUUAAAGUGUGCCAGAGACAGGCAGAAAACUCCAGGAGCAGGCAGAAAAGCCGCUGCCCUGGGGCUCAUUCUGUCCCAAAUCUCCUCCUCCUCUCACAAAAAAUAUAAAUAACAAAAGGCCAUGUUUUCCUUGUUUGCCUGGGGGGGGGAAAAAGUAGCUUUCAGGACUGGAAAAUGCUGUUUCAGAUGGCCCAAACCCAGCAGAGUGUGGAGGCAAAACAGGAAACCCAAUAAAACCUCACCGAUGCCAGGACUGGCUCAGGGCAGCUCCCACAGACAGGACGAGCCACACCAGCAGGAUCUUCACCAGGACUGUGGCUUUUCCCAGGUGUUUUGGGAAUGGCACAACCCCGAGGAGCUGGGCUGGACAUCCAGUGGCCCUGAAUGACCAUGGACAGGUGAUUUAUAAGCCCUCCCUGAGCAACGGCAAAUCCUGGAUGGUGGCUGUAACUUUACUGGCAGCACCAGCUCCAGGUUUCCCAGGAGCUCCAGUUCCCACUGGGACUUUGCCAGUUUGUUUUCAGAUUGCUUUCCUGGCAUUUCUGCAACACAGCUUGCCCCUUCCAAACAGAGAACAGGAAAGAGCAAACCCAAAACUCUCCCUAAUGUCACAUGGAGACUCAAGAGCAAACCCUCCCUCAGGCUGUGUCUGCCUCAAGCAGCAGAAAAAUCCCUUGCAGGGUGGCACGCCCUGGGUAGCAAGGAUUUUGCUGGGUUUUCUGUAAAUCAGUCCCUGAAGGAACAUCCUUUUCCAGUACAAACUGGUGCUUCCUCCUCUUCCAGUGCCUGCCAGGCUCCUGCUUUAUCAGUUGUAGGUUCAUCUUGGAAUGGUUUGGGUUGGGAGGGACCUUAAAGCUCAUCCCACCCCUGCCAUGGGCAGGGACGCCUUCCACUAGCCCAGGUUGCUCCAAGUCCCACCCACCCUGGCCUGGAACACCUGCAGGGAUCCAGGGGCAGCCACAGCUGCUCUGAGCAACCUGUGCCAGGGACUCCCCACCCUCACAGGGAAGAAUUUUUUCCCAAAAUCCCAUCAAAACCUACACUUACAUAUCCCUAAAAUUAUGCAGAACUUGGGAGUAUCCAAGCUGUCCCUUGCACGGCACUUUUUAGGGCCCCACAGGGAGGGAGGGAGCUGCUUUUCUCCUUGCUAAAAAUACCUUUAUCCUCCCUCCAUGACCACAUGCUCCCAGUCCAGCCCCAAAGUGACUUUGCCUCUGGAAAACCACUCAGCCUCUGUGGAGCCCUCACAACCGAGCCUCUCCUGACUUUUGGCACCACUGCUGGCAAGGGGCAGCUUCUCCACCCACCCACCUCGUGCUGGAGAGGGGAAAUGCUGUCCCUGGCAAGGGAACAAACACCAGCAGCUCCAGCCCCGAGCACAGCUCCAACACACCCAAAGAGAAUUUUGCUGCUUCAAACCCAGGCGAGCCAGGGAGGAGUUCUCCAAGCCAAGGAGUGGUUCUGCAAGCCAGGGAGCUGUUUUACAGACAGCCAUGAUAUCAUCAGACCCCAAUCCAAUUUUUUGAUUCGUGUGCUCAGCCAGCAACGCUCUGCAAAGCCCAGUUUUGGGGUGUGGUGGGACAGCACCGUGUGACAGCCCCAGGUGUGUCCAUCACCCCUCCCACGCUCCAGGGUCCUGUUCAGGGCACGGGGAGAGGAUUUGGGAAUUGUGCGUGGAUGCCGUGGCAGCGCUCAGCACUGGGAGGGCGCUCAGCAUUCCAAGGAGCAGCCGAAGCCUCAUCCCGGCACAGCCAGCACAUCCUUCCCGGCAGACUCUGCCACGCCAUCGCCCGGCCCUGCUCCUUUUGCAGGGAUUUUUUGGUUUUUAAAGAGAAUUCCCUGCUGCAGGCACACAGGGCAGCGAAACCCAGCAGUUUUUAGCCCUCAGCCUGGUGUCAGCAGCACGGCUGCAUCCCUGGCUCCGCCUGAGCCCUGCUGAUGCAGGAGCUGCAUCCAUGGACCUCAGC